AUGAUUGCAAAGGUAGCAAUUGCUGUGGUCGGUGUUUUUCUAGGAUGGAUUUAUACACGAAUCAAACCACCACCUCCUAGGGUUUUUGGAUCACCUGGUGGACCUCCUAUUACUUCACCUCGAAUCCAACUUAAUGAUGGAAGACAUUUACCUUACAGAGAGUGGGGUGUCCCCAAAGAUAAAGCCAACUACAAGAUCAUUGUGGUUGUUGUCUACAUUUCCCGAGGGUGGAAGAGAUCUGAUGUUAUAAGACUUCCAGUGAGUAUCAUUUUAGCAUGGAAUUCUGUAAAUGAAGCAUUUUACAAGCAUACUAAAACAGGAAAAGAUGGGAUAGAAGUAGGAACAGGAAAUUUGAAGUUAAUCUAUUCUGGAAGUGAAGGAAAGGUUUCUCAAUAUGUUAACAGUGGAAGCUCUAUCACUGCCUCUGUGAAGCAAUCAUACAACUUUUAUGCUGGACUUGAUGGAACUACAGGAGAGCAGACUCCCAUAAAGGUCUUGAAUGGGCCAAUAUAUGAUGAAGUACAUCAGAAAAUAAAUCCAUGUAUUUACCAGAUCACUAGAGUGUUCAAGAAUAAGGAGCAUGCUGAAGUGGAAUUUACAGUGGGCCCCAUACCUGUUGAUGAUGGAGUUGGGAAAGAAAUUGUAACUCAGAUCACAACCACCAUGAAGAGCAAUAAAACAUUUUACAUAGAUUCUAAUGGGAUAGAUUUUCUUCAAAGGAUUCGAGACUAUAGAAAGGAUUGGAAUCUUGAAGUGAAUCAACCUAUUGCUGGAACUUAUUAUCCUGUCAAUCUUGGAAUUUACCUAAAAGACGAAACUAGUGAGCUCUCGUUUUUAGUAGAUAGAUCCGUAGGUGGAUCCAGCAUUGUUGAUGGGAAAUUGGAGUUAAUGCUUCAUAGGAGAUUGCUUUAUGAUGAUGGAAAAGGUGUUGCAGAGGCGCUUAAUGAAAUAGUUUGCGUUGGUAACGAUUGUAGAGGAUUAACUGACGAAAAAACAGGGACAAAUUUCCAGGUGUCCACAUUUUCAGGAAUGGAUUCCUCCUACAGUCUCCCUGAUAACGUAGCAUUGUUAACACUCCAGGUUGGAGAGGACAAAGAUCUUUCAGUUAUGACAAGUGUUAAAUUACUGAAACUAUUUGCAAAGAGGAAGAUAAAAGCUCAAUUGCACAGCCUCAUGAAAAACAGAAUUUACUAUUUUGCCUCUUAUACUCUCUCAACAAUCUCUUCUAGGUUUUUUCUUCUCAUCUGA